CCCGAGGAGCUGCCGCGGCUCUCUGGCCUCUGGGGCGCCGGAUCGUGGCCCCGAUGCUGCUGCAGGCGGCGGGAGAAUGAGCGCGGCUCGGGAGUGGGGCGCCGACCUGGCCCGUUUCUACACCGUCACCGACCCACAGCGGCACCCGCGGGGCCACACGGUGUAUAAGGUCACGGCCCGGGUUGUUUCACGAAGGAACCCGGAAGAUGUCCAGGAGAUAAUUGUGUGGAAGAGAUACAGUGACUUUAAGAAACUGCACAAAGAGUUGUGGCAAAUUCACAAAAACCUGUUUCGACAAUCAGAACUGUUUCCUCCUUUUGCUAAGGGAAAAGUAUUUGGCCGCUUUGACGCAACAGUCGUGGAGGAGAGGAGACAGUGCGCUGAGGACCUUCUGCAGUUCUCUGCCAACAUCCCUGCACUCUACAGCAGCCGGCAGCUGGGUGACUUCUUCAAGGGUGGGGUGAUACGCGAAGGUUCUGAGCUGAUUGGGCCCGUGGAAGAUUCCUCAGACACCCUUGCUGACAGCCUGGGCGAGUGCAGCACAGAAGGCUGCUCCAGUGACAGUGACCGGCUGUCCCUGGCCGAGCUGGAUGAUGGGAUGGCUUCCAGGCAGGACUCGCCGGGGCCCCGUCACUUGGCCGAGUUGCCAACCCUUGGGGCCAUGGCUCCAGUCAGCGAACUUGGCCGGGUGGAGGAGGAACGGGUGGCACGGAGCCGCUUCCCCGGAAGCCUCAGGUCUCGGCUUGGCCGGAGAGAUUACUUGGAGAAAGCUGGGGAGUUGAUCCAGCUGGCACUGAAAAAGGAGGAGGAGGAUGACUACACAGCUGCCUCCCGUUUCUACAGGAAGGCUGUGGACCUGCUUCUUGAGGGCGUUCAAGGUGAGUCCAACCCUAUCCGCAGGGAAGCUGUGAAGAGAAGAACUGCUGAGUACCUCCUGCGGGCUGAGAGCCUGUCCAGUCGCCAGGCACAGAUACCCCCUGAUGCCAUGAGUCAGCCUCCGGGAUCAGUGAGUUCAAGGCCCCCCGGGAGCCAGAGCAGCCCUGCCGAGGAGCUGAAGGCCUUCCGAGUCCUUGGGGUGAUUGACAAGGUUUUACUUGUAAUGGACACUCGGACAGAGCAGACAUUCAUUCUAAAAGGCCUGCGGAAGAGCAGCGCAGCUGGCGGGAGCAGGAGGACCAUCGUUCCCCGCUGCGUCCCCCACAUGGUGCGGCUGCACAAGUACAUCGUGUCCGACGAGUCCGUGUUCCUGGUGCUGCAGCAUGCUGAAGGUGGCAAACUCUGGUCAUAUGUUGGCAGAUUCCUCAACAGGAGCCCUGAGGACACUCUGGCGGCAGAGGCGGUGAGAAUCCACAGCCCGAGGAGCAUGCCCGCAUCCAGCCCUCAGGCCACCGGAGCCUUGGCUGUGCCGCUACCUCUGCGGGCAAGUCUCACACCCAGCUCUCAAGACGGGAGCCAGCGGGAUGAGGAGGAUGAGGACGAAGAGGAGGAGGAGGAAGAGGAAGAUGAGCUGGAGGAGGAGGACGACAAUGACGAGGAUGGCCGAGUGAGCUCCCUGAAGUGGUCCGAGUCGGGCUCGAGUUCUGAGGAGGGCUGCACGUCCAGUUACUCCACGUUAUGCAACGAGUACGGGCGGGAGAAGGUGGAGGCUGCAUCCCUGGCUGAGGAGCCUCUCCCACAGCCCAAGGGGAGCUGCCCCAAAUCCCUGACUGCUGACCCAUGGCCUGACACCCCACCUGGAGACCCGGAGUUCAGGUUCUUUCCCAGAGUCGGGGACCUGGACACAGCCCUUCCAGUGGCCAGAAGUAGUCUCAUGGGGCUCUUCAGGAUCAACAGUCAGGACAGUGCUGGCGAGUGUGGGGACAGGCCAGAGUGCCUGCCGCUUUCUCUCCCUGAUGGUGGGAGCUGGGAUACAGCUGACUCCUUGCCCGUCAUCUCCUUUAAAGAUGCUGCUCUGGGUGCUGGCCUGGUGGCUGAUGAGGGCAGGCCCGACCUCCUGGUCAACCUACCUGCUGGUCUGGGGGCAGUGAAGGCAGCAGCUGCCGCAGGUCCUGUCCCCUGCUCAGCGCCAUCCUCAGGCACUGGGGAGAACAUCCUCCUGGGAGCCCCCGACGUGCUGUGUCUCAGCUCUAGCCCCGAGCCCUGUGGGGCUCCUGAGGAAGAGGGUGCAGAGGAGGCCCAGCAGAGAACAGAGGGACUCCCAGCCCCAGGGGUGCUCCUCACAGGAACUGCUAGAGACCAGGGGUCCGCAGAAGGACGUCAAGCAGACUCGGACCCUUUGCAGACAGAGGCGGUUCUGCUGUUCGCGGAGCAUGUGCCCAGCAGCGAGGCAGCUGUCGGGGUUCUGGGCCUGUCCCCACAAGACUCGGGGACGGCGGCAGAGAGCUGGGGAGCGCUGGCGGGCGACGGGGACAUCCACCAGAUCUUUGAGGCCCUCGAUAAGCGGUUAGCUCUGCGUGCUGGGUUCUCUGUGCCCGAGGGCUGCGUGCAACGCUGGGCGGCCGAGAUGGUGGUGGCGCUCGACGCGCUGCACCGCGAAGGGAUUGUGUGUCGUGAUCUGAACCCAAACAACAUCUUAUUGAAUGAUAGAGGACACAUUCAGCUGACAUAUUUCAGCAGGUGGAGCGAGGUCGAGGAUCCCUGCGACAGCGAUGCCAUGGAGAGGCUCUACUGUGCCCCAGAGGUUGGAGCCAUCACUGAGGAGACGGAGGCCUGUGAUUGGUGGAGUCUGGGCGCUGUGCUCUUUGAGCUUCUCACAGGCAAGACCUUGCUGGAGUGUCACCCUGCAGGCAUCAGCACACACACCACCGUGGAUGUCCCGGGAUCUGUGUCAGAGGAGGCCCGCUCUCUGGUCCAGCAGCUUUUGCAGUUCAACCCAGUGGAGCGCCUCGGUGCUGGAGUGGCUGGUGUUGAAGACAUCAAGUCGCACCCGUUAUUCACCCCCGAGGACAGGGCUUCACUGAUGGGGAUGAGCAUCCCCCAGGUCCUGCCUAUCUGCCGGGACCCACAACCAAGAGCCCCAGCACUGGAAAACAGGCAAAGACUGAGGUGGAAUGUACACUUGCUUGGUGGAGGAUCGUUGUUUGGAUGGGAAGUACACCCAUAUUGGUCCAGUGGUCUUCUCAACACAUUCAUUGUUGCAGCUGUAUUGUUAAAGAGAAAGACCCUUCUGGGUCCUUCCAGAACCUCCAGAACUUUCUAGAACUGUCCGCAAUCCUUACAGCUCCAGGCAGUGUCUUUUCCCCAAAACUCCCCCACCUCCCUUAGGUGCUUUCUGGGGAGCAUUCAAAGGAGUUUCACGAAUGAAGUCUGUGAGCAGGAAAGGGAGACAGGUUACGAAGGUCCCUCAUUAGUGAGGCUUCUAUGAUCCCAGCAGGCACCACUGCCCAGGGCAGUGAAGCUCCCCACACUUCCUGGUUCUGCCCUUCAUCCUGUCUGGGGAGAUGGAAGUGCUUCUCACAUAGUGCCCACUUUGUAUGGUGGUGGCUGUGGGGUCUCAUAGGCUUCCGCCUAUCUCUCCCCACCACCCCUUUCCUCUUCCCAGCACCCCCUGCCCACUCUCCGCUCCCAAUGAGAACUCUGCAGAAAGGGGGCUUAUGUCCCCCAGCUGUACCUGCCAACAUAAACUUCGCAAUCAUGGUGUCAAAUAAACAUGCCAGCAUUCAGCCCUC